UUUGAUGACUGCCCACCCGUAAAGAUUUCAUCUGCAGAUAUUUCUCUCGCUUUCAAAGAAGAUAUAGCAAAAGAUAUAAAAAAUCUCAAUCAAUUAGUUGACCCUACGCAAGAUGAAACUGUAACGAAAUGGAGUCAAUCACAUUUUGGUUCUUAUUCUACCACUGAAUUACAAACUAAGAUGGCAAAAAGAACAUUUACUUGGACUGAAGAUGAUCAAUUUACCCAAGAAAUUCAAUACAUUUUUCCAAAAGAAUGGUAUUAUUUCUUCCGUGUUGAAAACACUUCUAAUCAG